GCUACCGAUGCCAUGGAUUCCAUGGAUCGUCGCUGUCCAAAGCUGACAGCUUCGCUCCGCGCGGGGCCCUUGGAUGCGGAGACGCUGCGGAAGCUGCUGGACUCGCAGCGCAUGGUGAAACUCUUUGAAGAUAAUCCUGACUGUAUUUUGCCCGAGAGUGCUUGUCCCAGACCAGGACAGCUGCCUCAAGGCUUAGGCGCAUCAAGGCCCUUCGGCACUUUGCGGCUACGCGAGAUGGCGCAGGCUCACUUUGAAGAAGUCGUGGUCAAGGCCAUUGAUGCUCAUUGGUUUGAUGAAGAGAGCUGGACUGUGGCGGAAAGCCAGGAGUUGUUCCAUUUCUUAGCUGCCUUGGAAUAUCCACUGGGCGAUACUUGCACAACGCUUGAAGUACUACGUGCUUGGUCACGAAAAGGAGGCAUAGUGGCCGUGGAGAACUUAGUGUACCUCGGAAGAGGGAGAGACUUUAUUAGGUAUAGACCCUCAAUUUACUAACAUAGCAAUGGAAAAUCACCAUUUUCAAUGGGAAAAUCCACUAUAAAUGGCCAUUUUCAAUAGCUUUUUGUAUGUUUACCAGAGGGUAGACCCUCAAUUUACCCAUAGACAUUGACAAAUUGCGACCCCGCAUCUGGUUAUUUCUUCCUAGCAUAUCCAUCCAUAUCCUGCCAUGCGAAAAGGGGACGAGGAUCAAGGAGUCUUGGGAAAAGGAGCUGACGGCGGUCAGGACAAGAAUUGGUUUAUGAUGGUUUAUGUGUAAAGUUAC